AUGGGCAGCAAUACAUGCGCGCGCCGCUUCAUGCAUGUCUCUGAUCCUGGGAUAUCGCAUUUCAAGCACGCGCCUGAAGGUACCUACAAAGAUGGCAGAAUCGUCUCGUCCGGAUUUGCCUGCCUGGGUCCUGCGACAUCUCCCGCACCUCUCUCGACAUGCCCGAAGACAUGCCAGCCCUGCUCAGAACAGUUCCGCCCAUUACAUUGGCAGCAACAGUUCCCUGUGCUUCGGUACAGCGACACACUGAACGAUCUGGAGGCGACAUCGACAGUCGACAGUCUCAUUGAUGAGGCACGAAAGGGACUCGAAGAGCUCAAGAAACAGAUCGACCGAUACGGCGAUGCCAUCAUGAAGAGGUGGACAAAGCGAAACCAGCAGAAGCGGAAGGGUUUACUACAGCAAGCAAUGCCCAAUAUGUUCAAAGAACCCCUCCAUCAACAUGUGGUCUCUGACCUAUGUUGCGCCGACCUUGGCGAGUACCAAACAGCUCUGCUGCUCCAGUAUCUCGACCUCGAGUCUAUGAGCGAAGAUCUGAACGUGUUGUUGGCAAUAAUGCAUCAACGCUGGAACACCACAGCAUCGGAUUGCGUCAUGUUUGACAGCCUUCACCUUACCGCUUUCUUUAGCCAGGGGUUACUCGAAGCGUCCUACAAUCCACAUUGCGUAGUGAUGCACAAUGCAGACAACAAAUUCGGCGCAUUGGUACAUUGGGAGAAGGAUUUGGCCCACGAGUGGUCGAUAAUAGGGUUUCCACGGGCAAAGCUGAUAUUGGAGGCACAAGUCGCUCUGUCGAAACUCCUUAACCAGAUGGCCCAACUGCUUCUCCACAACGGUCAAGAUCAGGCUCUUGAGGGCAGCGAGAAGUGGCAAGCCUUGGUCGGUGCCGGCUUCAGGACCGCUGGAGUCUCCCAGCAUGAUGUAGGUGCUGUACGCAGAGUGCGUUAUCUCCCAAGGGACUUUGCGCUCUCGUCACUACACGCGGCAUUUGGUGCUCGGUAUGUGGAUGCUCGCGAAACGUGCUGGCUGGUCCAAACGGAUCCUGCCUAUGCUCGCCAAUUGCUGUCUACCGGGGAGACCUCAGGCUUUCACACAAACGGCUGCUGUAGCUCGAAGCAGCUCAGUCUGACCGGGCUGAUGCUCGACAUCGUUGAGAGACAGCAGAUCUGGGGCGAGCUGACGGAUGAAGCGAAGCAUGCUCUGGACGUGUCAAGCAGAUAUCACGAUGGUUCAGUGCCUGACAGCCAUCAGUUGGAGGACUACAAGGCCGCGCUGAACUUUUUAGAGUCAAGACUCAGGACUGAGUUUGCCAAGUUUGCUGGCAGAUUCCGAAACCUGGCAAUCACACUCGGAACGUUCGACGAACAUUUCUCCUUUGAAGUUUGCCACCAAGCUAUGGUCAAAUCGAGCCGUGCUGUGCAACACAAGGACAUAGUCUUCUGGUGUGCUAGCGGAUUGCAUGAUCACUCCACCCUGGACGUUGAGUACCCAGGAAGAAAACUGGAGACCAUCGAGCGCUACUCUUACAGUCCAAAGAGUAAAGACCGAGGACGAUUGCAUCAGCUCCUGCUCGAAUGCGUGUCUGAUAUGCGCACUGUCGACGAGGCAAUCAUGGCAUUGCUUUGCCAUCGGCCACGCACCGCUGGAGCUAUGACCCCAGAUGAAAUCGUGGCCCUCAUUCCAAGCAUGAUAGGGCGACCUCACUGGGAUUCGGCACCAUUCGCGACGAUUGUGGAUCAGCGAUGGGAAAAGCACUUGAACCGCCUCUGGCCGCCAUUAGAAUCCUUGCUUGCCCUCCCUAGUAUGUCUGGAUUGGUCACUCGGAAGGCCUUGAGCACUUUCGACAGGAAUCACCAGGCGCUACAGGAAUUUUGGGAGCAAGCUCGGUUGGUACGUCUUGAUCUGCUAGUCGAGUUGCAAUGUCCGGAGAAGUUGCAUGCUGAAAUAUUGGAGCCGAUGGCCAUGGGCAUUACCCCAGAACAUAUCAAGGCUCGAGACGAGGAAAGGAGGCUCUUGCUCAAGGAGAUUGAGAGAAAGGAAGCUGCCGCCGCCGCACUCUGCACCCACAGACUUGUGCCCCAGAAUCCAGGUACACCACGCCAUCAGAGCGUGCCCAUGCAGACCCAAUGGGGCACAGGCUCAUUCUCGAAGCCGGCUCUCACUACACCGAAGGCCAAAAUCAAGACUCGGCCAGACGAGGCGCCAUCAAGAUCGCCAGAUCUUGUCGAGGAUCGCGAUGAAGGCAUCGACGCUAUCGAAGCAGGUGUCGAAGCUCUGAGCAUGACCAAAGAAUGCAUCAAAGUCGCUGCAUCCACCAUGAACAUCGUGAAUCGCAUGUUCACAAGCUAUGGAAAGCACACACAGAGCAAUGUUCGAUGGGACCACUUCGUAAACGCACUGAUCGAUAUCGGAGUCAGUCCCAGUCAGAGUGAGGGCUCUGCAGUCACGUUCAAAGACGUCACACGCGGUACGGGUGCGAUUGUGCUGCAUCGACCGCACCCAGACCCUUCUGUUAACCCUAUCUGCAUGAGGUCAUUCGGGAAGCGGUUACAGAAGAACUUUGGCUGGGAGCUGGACAUGUUCGAAGAGCGCACUUGA